CUCGUUGAGCGUUCGCGAUCGCCUCUAAUCACUCAUCUCCAAUCAAACCUCUAGCCCAGCGCCACCGAAACGCUGCGGAAAACACAGAAAAUGGAGUAGCAGUUUUUUUUUAUAUCCACGUUAAAUGAACGUUGAUGGAUUAAUACGCGAGUAAUACACAUCCAUCGCACGUGUUCGCUCCUGUGGGGAAAGCAAUGAUUCUCUGUAUUGUUGUUGCUGUGAUGAUUCAUGAAGCGUUCCAUUCAACUCGGAGAGUUGGAAUUUCCACCUUUCAACUGGGGAAAGUGCAACGGAUUGACACUUUGUUGGAUUUCUAACUUGGAAACUUGCAAAUCUUCAACUCCCAUUUUGUCGAGAUGCAGAUUGCCAACCGUGGAUCUUUGACUCAAUCAAUGCAAAAUGGCUUCGGAUAAUACGCAACGUAGUUACUCCAUCAUACCUUGCUUCAUAUUCGUUGAGUUGGUCAUCAUGGCCGGGACGGUGCUUCUGGUGUACUACUUUGAAUGCACGGACACAUUUGGGAUCCACAUCCAGGGCUUCUUCUGUAAUGACACUGACCUGAUGAAGCCCUACCCUGGGGCGGAGGAGAGCAGCUUCAUCCCUCCAAUCAUCCUGUACUGUGUGGUGGCAGCUGCGCCCACAGCCAUCAUAUUUGUUGGCGAGAUCUCAAUGUACAUCAUGAAGUCCACUAGAGAAUUUCUCAUCGCCCAGGAGAAAACCAUCGUGACGGGGGAAUGCUGCUAUCUGAAUCCUCUUUUCCGCAGAAUCAUCAGGUUUAUUGGUGUCUUUGCGUUUGGCCUGUUUGCCACUGACAUCUUUGUCAACGCUGGUCAGGUAGUGACUGGCAGUCUGGCGCCAUAUUUCCUGAGUGUCUGCAAGCCAAAUUAUACGGGGAUGGACUGUCACGUAAACCACCAGUUCAUCGCAAAUGGCAAAAUCUGCACUGGGAACCAGGUGGUGGUGGAGAGAGCCAGGAGAUCCUUCCCGUCCAAAGACGCUUCGCUUGGUGUCUACUCGGCCGUCUACGUCACUAUGUACAUCACGAGCACUAUCAAGACUAAAAGCAGUCGUCUGGCAAAGCCUGUGCUCUGUCUGGGGAUCCUGUGUGCUGCUUUCCUCACUGGUCUGAACCGGGUCUCUGAGUACCGCAACCACUGCUCAGACGUCAUCGCUGGAUUCAUAUUAGGAAGCUCUGUAGCUCUCUUUUUGGGAAUCUGUGUAGUGAACAACUUCAAAGGGACCCACUCCACUCCCACCAAACAAAAACAGGAGGACUAUCGCGGUCUUCCAUUGAUGACAUUCCCUCGUGUGGAGAGCCCCCUGGAGACCCUCAGUGCACAGAAUCAUUCGGUGUCCAUGACUGAAGUCACAUGACUAAGGGGACAACACCACGUCACAUUUGCUUCACCUCAACACUUCUAGGCACAAAGAGUUUUUGUACUGUGGCAUACUGUAAAAAAAAAAUUAAAAAGACAGUAUUAUGUUGUAACUAGUUGUACCUAGAAGCAGCUGUUUUGUACAUUUUGUAUAAGAGAGUGCUGCAGCUUUCCCUCAUAACGUCAACACUGCUCGAUUCAUGUCCAGAUUUAUGCCUUCUUUGUCAUGUAUACAGUCUAUAUAAUGUCAUUGUUGUUCUGUGGUAUUUGUACAAAGGUUUUAUUUUGAUUUUUCCCUGUACAUUUUUGGACAUAGAUAAUUUUUGUAUUCUUUUUGUUAUCUGCAUAAAGCAUUUUGAUCAAUUUUGCCUGCUGAUUUUCCAGGAAUGUUUUUGGUAUACCUAUUUUUGGUGUAAGAUAUAAAAGAAAACGUUGAAUUGUUACACGUCAUUGUAUCUGAUUCUCCGUUGUUAUCUUUCAAUGGCCAUGUGCUCAGCAUGAAAUACAUUGUUGAAAUACAUUGAAAUUGUUUAAUAACCUGUUAUUCCUGACUGUAUUCUGUUUCUUUUUUCUUUAAAGUUUGCAUUUCAUUUGAAAUGCUAAAUAUAUUUUCCUUGUAGUCUGUCAAAUAAAUAGUGUAGCUGAGUCCAAUAAUAUGAGUGGGUUUCAUUUUUUAAGAGAAGACAUGAUUUGUUGCCUGUUUUUGAAGUUAAUGAUGUUUC